AUGUUGUUCCGAUCUAUAUGCGGCAGGAGCUUCCCAAUCCCCAGGUUUAACCGCGUACAAGGCGUGUUCCAGAAGCGCAGCUACGAGUUCGACCGGCGGGAUCGGAAGAUCGCCUUCCUGGAAAGUGGGGCCGUGUCCCGCGCUUCCUUGGGGGACUUUGUGAAGGGACCCGUGCGGACGGCGCCGAAGCUCUACGUGCAGGUGCGGAAGGUGUUGGACAAGGAGGACAAGCCGCUGCCGGAGGGCGCGGUAGUGCCUGAGGACCCUCCCGAGCUGCGACAUUGGCGCGGGUAUGCAGAAGGAAUCCGUGAGAGGAGCAUGCUGAGGACGUGGCAUUGCAUGAACACCAAGAUCGAGGCCUUCGAAAGCGAGGCCUGA